AAGUGCAACGACUUGUGUUUGUUGUGAGUGCACUGUCACAAGCGAGCAAAGCAGCCGUACGCCAUGGCGAGUCGGGUGACGAAGAUCAGUGUCGUGUCCAAGCUCAACCAGCUGGCAGACGUCGUUUGCAGCUGCAUUGCAGCUUCCGAGCAGCUGCAAACCACAGCGUUCAUCGUGCAGGAGGUCGCUAAGGAUCACUUGAAAGACUCCAAGGCAGACAUCCUCUUGAUCGACCCAGACAUGCUGGCCGAGUUCUUGCCGCAGGUUCCCAAGGAAUGCAAAUGGGUGCAGUCCACUUGGGCUGGCGUGGAGCUGGUCAUGAACAGGCUCAACCAAGACCAGCGUGUCCCCAGCUGGACGUUCACAAGGUACGCCGGGCCGUUCGGGCCCCUCAUGACGCAGUAUGUGCUCACGCAAGUACUGGCGCGGGAGCGUUUUGUCGUGCGCUACCACGAAGACCAGGCGGCAAAGCGGUGGCGGCCCGGUGGACUGCCGGCCCACAGAUACCGCUCGCUUGCCGACCUCACCCUCUGCAUCCUCGGCGUUGGCGAAAUUGGCCGCGUGGUUGCGAGCACGCUGCUUGGACUUGGGUCGAGCGUGCGUGGCGUUGUGCGAUCGAUUCCGCAUGACGGCGUCAAAGGGCUGUGCUAUUUCACCACGGACGACAUGGCUGAGGCAAUGCACCACAGCGAUUACAUCAUCAACCUCAUGCCAUCCACUCCGCUGACACGUGGCAUCAUCAACCGAGACCUGCUCACCCGCGCACACUGCGCCGAGGCGACGUUCAUCAACGCAGGGCGGGGCGACAUUGUCGAGAAUGACAGCGACUGGUGCGACUUCCUCGACCAAGGACUGCUCAAGCACGCGAUAUUGGAUGUGUUCCGAACGGAGCCAUUGCCUGAGGCGUCGCCCCUGUGGACACACCCAUCCGUCACCAUUACCCCGCACGUCGCUGCUACGUCGUUCCCUGAGGAUGUGGCUGGAGCAUUUGUCCGCAACCUGGAGCGAUAUGCCACCGACCCAAGCACAGUCACGCCACAGGUGUCUUUUCCGGACAUGUACUAGCCCAGCGGUGCGCUGCCCAAAUAAACGAACCAAUGCAC